CAGAAGCAUCACAAAUACAUAUAUACGCAGAUAUCGUGUGUGCGUCUGGAUUUUGCUGUAUUUUUUAUUUAAGAAUGAAUUAUUAAUACAGAAUUAAUAAAUUAUUAUUAAAUAAAAAACAGCACAAACCCGUCAACCAACCAUACACCAAGUCUAUAAUUACGUUAAAUAUGGAACCAAAAAGCUAUCAUGCCCACGAACACCACCACCAGCAGCAGCAGCAUCCGCAUCAGCAUCAGCAUCAGCACCAGCACCAGCAGCAUUUGUAUGAACAGCAAAUGCAUCUGCAACACCUCCACCAGCAUCAGCAUCUACAACAGGAGCAACAGCAGCAGCCGAUGCCCAUGCAAGCAGGUUUUGCACCGCGUCGUCAAUAUGACAACAUGGGCAAUUCGCCUGCUGCCAUUGCGGCUGCCUGUUUGUCCAACGGCGCUGCUGGCGGUGGCAACAAUUCGAUGUCCAAGCCGGCAACAAUGCAACAGCGUCCAAAAAUGAAAAAGGAGAAACAGCUGCAGGCGCUGCAUCAGCAACAGCAACAUCUGUCGGAGCUGAGCGGCACAGGCAGCACCGGUAUGCUGCCUUCUGAUGAGACGCUGAAGUUUGUCAAUGACACGGAUGCCAACGGGCUUGCCAUGAAAACGCCCGUUAGCAUCCUGCAGGAAUUGCUAAGCCGGCGCGGCAUCACGCCGGGCUAUGAACUGGUCCAGAUCGAGGGGGCUAUACAUGAGCCAACGUUUCGGUUUCGGGUCUCGUUCAAGGACAAGGACACACCUUUCACGGCAAUGGGCGCUGGACGCUCCAAAAAGGAGGCCAAACAUGCAGCCGCUCGUGCUCUAAUUGAUAAGCUCAUCGGCGUACAGCUCGAGACACAGGGCAAUUCAGCAGCCGCAGCAGCAGCAGCUGUUGGUUGCUCUAUGGCGGGCAGUGGGGGCGAUGGCAAUGCCAAUCUCACUGGCAGUGGCGACGGCGGCGACAAGAUCGUGGGUAAUCCCAUUGGCUGGCUGCAGGAGAUGUGCAUGCAGCGUCGCUGGCCGCCGCCAUCGUACGAAACGGAAACAGAGGUUGGCCUGCCGCACGAGCGACUAUUCACAAUCGCUUGCACCAUAUUGAACUAUCAUGAGGUUGGCAAGGGCAAAAGCAAGAAGAUAGCGAAGCGUUUGGCCGCCCACAAGAUGUGGACUCGCCUGCAGGAGACGCCCAUCGAUGCGGCCAAAAUCAAUGACAGCCUCUGCAGCGAACUGGAGGGCGAUCCCCGCAUUAACGAUCAUUAUUAUGGUGAUUUGAAAGAUAUCACUGUGCCAACACUGACCACGCUACACAGUAAUAAAGUGUCCCAGUUCCAUAAGACAUUGAAAAAUGCGACGGGCAAAAAACUGCUUAAAUUACAGAAGACUUGCCUGAAGAGCUCAAAGAUUGACUACAUCAAGCUGCUUUCAGAUAUUGCUGCCGAGAAUCAAUUCGAGGUCACAUACGUGGAUAUUGAGGAGAGGACUUUUAGCAGCCAGUUUCAGUGCCUGGUGCAGUUGUCCACAUUGCCAGUCGGCGUCUGCCAUGGCACUGGGUCAACGGCGUCGGAGGCACAGCGACAUGCAGCUCAGAAUGCCUUGGAAUAUCUUAAGAUUAUGACCAAAAAGUAGGCAACAAUAACUGAAAUAGCAAAAUCUGAACGCACAUAACGACGAACGAUAGUAUGACGAUGAUGAUGAUGAAAAUUGCAUAUGUCCUUAGCCCCAGACCCCGCCCCUAUUUUCUGUUUACCAUGGUUUAAAGCAACAACAACACUCAACAUUCAACAUUGUAUUUAAUAUUUAUUAUUAUUAUUGUUUUGAGCUUAGUUCCGAUGUGAGUUUAUAGCUAAUCUGUACUAUUCGCAAAUCGUAGAUAUUAAAUACCUUGAUACGAAUGCACAAGCAA